CCUCAAUUCUGCAUCUAGCUGUGCAAUGCGCAGAGGUCGAAGUCAUCGAAUACGUUUUGUCUCAUGGCAGCGAGCAUGUCGACGUUAACUUCACCGACAAGGAAGGAAGAACUCCUUUGCGUCUGGCAUUACUCCAAGAUCGAAUAUCUGUUGGGCACUUAUUACGCCGUUAUGGGGCUACGGAUAGGGCUAUCAGCGAGAAGCGGAGCAAUUCAGGAAGACAAUACCUUAGACAACGAGAUAUCCGAAAAUCAAUACAAUGAGAUGAUAUAACAAAUUGCUACUUGACACUAAUUCGAGGGUGCGAAUAUGUUGAAUAGCGUAGAACAUGUGGACUGUAG